AUGAACGUAAAAAUCGACGACGAAAUAAUUGGACGAAUAGUUAUUGAACUGUUUUCUGAUAUAGUACCCAAAACUGCUGAAAAUUUUUUAGCAUUAUGUAUUGGUAAUCAUUUUAGUCAAAAUUCUGGGAAAAAACUUCAUUAUAAGGGUACGAUUUUUCAUAAAAUUGUACGAGGACUUUUUAUACAAGGUGGAGAUGUUGUUAAUUUAGAUGGUUCUUCUGGAGAAAGUGUAUUCGGCUUGCCUUUUGAAGAUGAAAACUAUGCUUUAAAGCAUGACCGGGCGGGUGUUUUAAGUGCCGUUAAUAGUGGUCAAAAUCAAAAUAAUUCUCAGUUUAUUAUAACAGUCGGUGAAUGUUCUCAUUUAGAUGGUUCCUGUGUAGUAUUUGGUCAAGUACGUAAAGGACUAGCUUGUGUCAUUGAGAUUAGUGAAGUAAAAACUGAAGACUCUCAACCCAUGUGUAAAUGUGUCAUAGAGGAUUGUGGACAGUUGUUGCCUAACGAACCAUGGAGUUUUGGCGAUAAUGAUGGAACCAGUGAUACUCAUCCUCCAGAUCCUAGAGAUUUGGAUUUGGAAUUAUGCAAUGUAGUCGAUUAUUUAAAUGUUUUAAGCCAAAUUAGAGAGUCUGGUAAUUAUUUUUUUGCAAGGAAAAAUUUCAUAGAAGCCGGUAGAAAAUAUAAGAAAGCGAUAAGAUACAUAAAUUUUUGGAUAUCACAAAAAUAUUUAAAAGGAUUAAGUACGAAUGAAAUAAAUGAUUUUCACAAUGAACUUGAAAAAAUAAAUGUAUGCUGCUCUUUGAAUUUAGCAGCUGUUUUACUCAAAAAAGGUUUAUUUAGGCAGUCAUAUCAAUUGUGCGAUGAGGUUGUAAAUAAGGAAAAAAAUAAUGCAAAAGCCUACUACAGACGUGGUAUGGCACUUAAACAUUUAAAUGAUUUCGAAGGUGCUUUAAAAGAUCAAAAAAUGGCAUUAUCAUUACUUCCGAAUAAUAAAAGUAUUAUGGAUGAAAUAAACGAAAUAAAUUCGUUAAAAAAAAAAUAUUUGUUACAUGAGAAAAAAGUAUUUUCAAGAAUGUUUCAUGAAUUUCUAUGA